UAAAUGUUUGUUUAUAAGAAAUGUAUGUAAAUAAUAAAACGUUGAAGUAAAACAUCCGCGUUGCGGAAAGUCGCAAUGGACGCUGAGGAGGUGAACUCAACUUCCAGCUUUGCUUCAGGAACCUCUCCUAUGAUGUACCAUAGUUCAACAAGCUUUACCAUUCAGCACAGCAUAAAUAUGCAUAAUAUAACAGCAGGCCUUAAGGUGCACAAGAGGCCGAAGCAAAUAAUUUUACCUAAAAAAAUGUUCACCGAACGACAGAAGCUACGUCAAAUGGAGAUUUCGGAACCACUGCCCAGCUCAGCGCUCCAAGACCUCCGCCUUCAACAAACAAGGCAAGUCAAAACGAACCGCAAUUGUGAAAAGCCAAAAUCACUGAAACGGAAUACCAACAAAGCGGUAUUGCGACCAAAUCAACUGACGUUGGGCAGUACACAAGAAGCCCCUCUAGCGGCAAAAGUCUUCGAAGAAUGUGUGUUGCCAGAGCUUAAGGAAAACUUACCGCAAUCAAAGUCGACUAUGGACGGUGUACUUAGCUUUGAGUUGCAACCAAGCGUGGAUGGCGCUCAGCGCUCUUACGCCAGUAUUUACGAAAUACCACCCGCGGCUCAGACUUGGCGGCGCAGCGAUUGUUUCAAGGGCCGCAGCGAAGAAGGGCUGUUGAACGAAAUCAUGGAGGAGAUUAAUAUGCGAAGCACAUCGGCCACUUAUAUCCUUUCAACGCCAGACAACUGCAAACCCAUGAAGUAAGAGGCGCCGCCGAUGGAUAAUUGAGGCGUCGCGGAGUAAAAGAGUAAUGUAACUGCGAAAUGCAAUUGCAUACUUUCAGCAAAAUAUGCACACAAAAUGAACAGACGCACAUAUUUACCAUUGCAUUGCAUACUUCCGAAUAAAACGAGAAAUA